AAAUUAAUUCACAAAAUAAAUAAAUAAAAUGGUAUCAAGAAAUAGUAAUCUUCCACCUGGUUUUAGAUUCCAUCCUACAGAUGAAGAACUAAUAAUGCACUACCUUCGAAACCAAGCUACGUCGAAACCCUGCCCCGUUUCGAUUAUACCCGAAGUCGACAUCUACAAAUUCGAUCCGUGGGAGUUGCCCGAAAAGGCGGAAUUCGGAGAAAACGAGUGGUACUUCUUUACGCCGCGAGAUAGGAAGUACCCGAACGGGGUCCGCCCUAAUAGGGCAGCCGUGUCGGGAUAUUGGAAAGCCACGGGCACGGAUAAAGCGAUAUACAGUGGAUCGAAAUACGUCGGCGUGAAGAAAGCACUCGUUUUCUACAAGGGCAAACCACCGAAGGGAAUCAAGACCGAUUGGAUCAUGCAUGAGUAUCGAUUGAGCGAAUCGCGAUCGCAAACCUACAAGCAAAAUGGUUCCAUGAGGUUGGAUGAUUGGGUGCUGUGUAGAAUAUACAAGAAGAAGAAUUUGGGGAGAAUUAGUAAUUAUUGUGAUGAUGACCAACAAAGGGUUGUUGAAGAAUCAUCAUUUGCUCAUGAAAUAAGUAACGGUGGUGAAAUACCGCAAAUGCCCUCCAUGAAAUUAUUAUUACCGAGAACGUGUUCGCUAACACUUCUACGGGAUUUUGGCUACAUGGGCUCGAUCUCGCAACGACUACUGAACGAGACUUGUAAUAGUUCGUACAAUGUGCCCUUCAAUUACAUUCAAGAACCGGUCGGCAACAACAACAAUAAUGAUAAUAAUCAUAAUAAUAAUAAUGGGAAUUUUUCGUGGGCGAUCGACAAGAAUAUUCACGAGUUAGGACAACAAGUGCAGCAACCUUGUUAUACUGAUGAUGGUGAUAUCAAGUUUCAAGUGAAUCAGACAAUCUUUCUGAAUAAUCCAAUGUUUGAAUUGCAGUAAAUUUAUAUAUGUUACAAGGCUUACCCAAUCUAGGGGUAUUAUUGUAAAUUAUGCUGUCUUGUUUUGAAAUGAUUAUAUAACAAUUAGUUAAA